AUUUGAACAUGGAAAAUGCAAAGCCGCAACGUGCGUACGCUCAGAAGAAUACGGAGCUCUGCCUGCGUUUGGCAAAUGCCGUGGAACGGCAGCCGAUAAUAUACACAAAAAGUUCGCGAAAUUACAAAAAUCGCAACUUGCAGAACGACGCUUGGUCUUGCGUCGCAACGGAGGUUGGAACCACAAUCGUUGAGGCUAAGCGCCUAUGGACCAACAUGCUAUGUAGCUUUCGAUCAUAUCGGUCGAAAGUGCGGCAGAGCAUGCAUGCUGGAACAGUUUUCCGGCCGAGGUGGUUCGCCUAUGAGGCGAUGAUGUUCAUGGCGAAUGCCACGGAGGACAACGACCAUGCCGAUACGGCUAGCAACAUUACAGACAUGGACAACGUAGGAUGUUUUGCAAUCAGUAGAUUAGUUAGUUUGAAAUUCUUUAUAAAACGGUAUGACCGUAUUGCAUAG